AGGACCCUGCACCCGCCUAUCAGUGAAACCGAUGAAAAAUUGCCGUUGAUAGCGUGCAAAGUAUCUAUCUUUUAAAGAUGACUCGUAUGUGAAAGUGAAGACAAAGGAACAUUGAGGAGGAAGGAUGGAAGAUAUAUGUCCUUGCACAACUUCUGGGAUGCAUGAUUGUCCUGAUUUGCGACCAUUACGUCUGUCUUUUUUGCUACUGUUACGUCUGAAGCUGACUGAAUUUUAAUUUCAUUUUUUUUCUUUGAGACUUAAGUUUGAGAAUCAGAAUGAAACGGAAAGACAUAUUCGCGCGCCGCAAAUCAGAAACAUUAAAGAGCAUUUGUUUGGAACUGAUUUUGGAGCUGGCAGAAAUCAUGAAGUGAAGAAAAUACUUUCUAAAAAAGGCUCACUAUGCAAACAUAUACGACGCUGAUGUACGGAAAAUUUAAGACAUAAGUUGCAUUUGUGUCCGAUGUCUUUUGGAAUGGAGGGUAGCGGUCACUUCAAACCAACACCUGCAAAUUUCGACCAGGUAUUGAACAGCUCGACCGGCAACAAUGUGACUUUAACGCCUAAUACUGACGAAAAAGAAGAAAGUUUUGCUUUCCAAGUCACCUUAGCAUCCGUUCUUGGUCUGCUUACUCUUGCCACAAUACUUAGCAAUGCAUUUGUCAUCGCGACCAUCUCCCAGUCCAGGAAGCUCCAGACACCGGCAAACUUCUUGAUCGCAUCCCUGGCUGUCACGGACCUUUUGGUGUCGGUGCUCGUGAUGCCCAUUUGCGCGCUUUAUACGGUCACCCACGAGUGGACGCUUGGACAGGUUAUUUGCGACAUCUGGUUGUCCUCGGACAUAACCUGUUGCACCGCGUCCAUCCUCCACCUGUGCGUAAUCGCUUUGGAUCGUUACUGGGCUAUCACGGACGCUGUCGAGUACGCUAAAAAACGGACGCAAGCGCGCGCCGCUGGGAUGGUGGCGACCGCUUGGAUCAUCGCCAUCUCCAUCUCUCUGCCACCGUUCUUCUGGCGCCAGGUGAAGGCGGGGGAGCUCACCAUCUGCACGGUAAACUCGGACCACAUCUUUUACACCAUCUACUCCACGUUCGGGGCUUUCUAUAUCCCCACGUUGCUACUCAUCGCCUUGUACGGGCGGAUUUACGUGGAGGCGAGGAAGCGCAUCUUGAAACAGUCUCCCAAAAAAGCGGGGAAAAGACUCACUUCAGCACAUCUCAUCACUAAUUCGCCCGCGUCCGUGACUUCAACUUCUCCUUUACAUUGUGGACGGCAAGAGCUUUGCUCUGACACCGGCUCUCUGAACAGUGACAAUCAAAUUCGAGUAACGGUGUCCGAUUCUCUUCUGGAGAAAAAGCGAAUAUCGGCCGCGCGCGAGAGAAAAGCCACCAAAACAUUGGGCAUUAUUUUAGGAGCUUAUAUUGUGUGUUGGUUGCCGUUUUUCAUUUACACACUGCUGGUGUCCCUCUGCCCAUCCUGUAUGUUUUCUCCAGAACUGUUUGACUUUUUUACAUGGCUUGGCUACCUCAACUCACUCAUCAACCCGAUAAUAUACACCAUGUCGAAUGAUGACUUUAAAAAAGCUUUCCACAAACUCAUAAACUUUAGAUUUUGCAGAUGUUGAGAUUAGGACUGUAGUGAAAUAAACUCUGUUAUAUGGGCCUCAUUAGAAGACAUAGGCUUUUAGUUCAAAAUUCAACAGAAUAUUUGGAUUUUGUUCUAUUAAUAGUGCUUUGACAGCUUGUGGUGGCAAAUAAUACAAAACUGUUUAAAAAAAACUGCAUUGUCUUUAUCAAAUUACUUUAUCAACUAUUAAACUGCUCUAACGUGCUCACUGCCAAUAGCUGCCGACUUAUCCUUAAAUUAAUAAAUAAGUUGGGUUAUCCAUUUGCUUGUGCUUAAAUCCAGUACGUUUUUCCUUGUCUUAUGACUGAAAAAGUCUGUUACUUACAACAAUGCAUGCUUAGCUACCUUAAAUCAGUUUCUCAAUAAUGAAAAACAGGCCUAUAAAACUAGAAAUUCUUAAAUCUGUUUUUGGUAUGUCAUUGCUCUGCUUGUCAGUGGUGCUACACACGUAGGUGGUUUGGUGAGAAGCCUUUUUCACACCUUGCAUUCAAAGAGAUAACAAAUAAGCAGUGGAAAUGUAUAGUACCGAGGUUAAAUAUAUACACAGCAAAACAACUCAUGCACAAUUAAAAUGACUGAAAAAGAGGGCUCUCUAGAUUUGGACAUGUUGGUUGAAGACUGAUGAAAGAAUUGAGAUUGUGGCGCAAACUAAUUCGGUUAAACAGGUUCACCUUCUACACUCAUAAGUCAUAUUAUCUGUCACUUGGCAGCAGGAGAGAUCAGAGAGUAACUGUGAAUGGCACAUCUACCGCAGGAGGUGAGUAAUGCGUCAAAGAUGCGCCAAAAAGGGCCAGGUGGAGAUAUUGACCUAUCAAGCCUAUAUGGAAGUGACAUAUACAGGGAAAAGUCACUGAAAAGCCACAGUGUUGCAAAAAGGCAUGUUUGAUAUUUCCCACAAUUAUGCUUUUUCACAAUAAGCCAGUGUCUUUCCAUGUUUAAUCAUGGUGGGUAUUGAUUUAGUUAUCAGGCUGCAAACCCUCCUCCAGCAGUCAGUGAAACUGGGGACAUUUUUAAGUGGAGGGCGUUGCUGUUGGAUCUUUCAACUUGCUGAUAUUGGGCAACCAGCCAGCAGAGCUUUUUAAUGUAUAUUAAUUCAAUGUGAAGUGAACUACAGUCACUGAGCACUUUAUUAGGUACACCUGUACAUCUAUUUAUUAAUGCGAUUAUCUAAUCAGCCAAUCGUGUGGCAGCAGUGCAAUGCAUAAAAUCAUCCAUAUACGGGUCAGGAUCUUCAGUUAAUGUUCACAUCAACCAUCAGAAUAUGGAAAAAAAUGUGAUCUCAGUGAUUUUGACCAUGACAUGAUUGUUGGUGCCAGAUGGGCUGGUUUGAGUAUUUCUGUAACUGCUGAUCUUCUGGGAUUUUCACGCACAACAGUCUCUAGAGGUUGCUCAGAGUGGUGCCAAAAACAAAAAACAUCCAGUGAGUGGCAGUUCUGCGAACGGAAACACCUUGUUGAUGAGAGAUGUCAAUGGAGAAUGGCCAGACUGGUUCGAGCUGACAGAAAGGCUACGUUAACUCAGAUAACCACUCUGUACAAUUGUAGUGAGCAGAAUAGCAUCUCAGAAUGCACAACACGUUGAACCUUGAGGCGGAUGGGCUACAGCAGCAGAAGACCACAUCAGGCAAUUUAUUAGGACAAUAGUGUUCCUAAUAAAGUGCUCAGUGAGUGUAUAAGAUCUAAUUUUAUAAUAUUACAGCUCGAAUGUUUAACGCCACCAAAAACGCCUGCAGGAAGUGUAAGCUGUCCUGUCAGAAGCAUUUAAUAGUGAAUAAUAAAUUAGCUCUCAAAAAGAGUGAAAAAGUGCUGCUGGAAAAGAAGUCAACAUGAUGAGAUCAAAGUUCUUUUUGUACGUAUUGGUUUUUCUAAGGGAAAGUUUAUGCUGAUUAAUAUGUCUUAAGGGUAGAAUUACUAUAAUAAUGAAGAGCAGUUAAUUAUUUGAUUGUUGGUUGAAUUAAUUUUAAUCUCUUGUCUUCUGAUCCCGUCUGAAGUAGUGGAUUUAUCUUAAAUUACACACUAUGCAAAAUAAACCACACAUUUAUGUCUAAAGCUUUUGUAGUUGAUGAAUAUUUUUCUUUUCAUGCUUAUUUGACACUGGUUAAAAUGAAAAUAAUUUUUUUUGUAGUUGUUGUUGCAAAAGAUGACUCAUCUUAAAUAAAGUGUGCUGAACAGUUUUUCCCCUACUUAUCCUAAAUGUCUUCUAGGAUGGAACAUUAAUCACGACAAGCACUCAUUUGCAGGCAUAUGAUUACCACAUGCCUUUGAUAACAUAUGACCUUGGUAUAAUCAACAUACAAAGCAUUCAUUACAAGGCAUACAUUACUAACAUGAUCUGCAUUUAUGUCUGUGCAUUAUCACUGAAAUUCAUGCAGAUUAAUGGAAAAGUCAUUGGUCAUUGAAAUUGUAUUUUGAAAAAGUAUAUUGCAAAAUGCUUUAGCUUCGUUGUACCUCGACCUUCAUUAGACCUAUUCCCAAGGGCUUCUUCCAUGCCUGAUAUAUUAACCACCAACUGUUCCUUCACAAUUUAAAUAGCCAUGCAAUUACAGUUUACUUUAAUUGUGAGAAACAGAUGAUAUGUAUGAUUCUCUGGUUUAUUGUGCUUUUAAUGAAUUUGUUUACAUGUUUUCUUGCAUUGUGAUAAACCACAGCUUAUUGUCCAAUUGGUCUGACCUUGCUUACUUAGUACCAAAGUUUAGCACGGAAAGAGUGUAU